CAGGUACAAAGCAGCGAUGGUGGUUAUCUCAGCCAUGGUCAUCAGUGGCUGAUAAUACGUGUCUACGCUACAGAGACCGCAACAAAAAGGAGCAGGCUUGGGUGAAAGACGCCGAGGAGACUGGUCUACUUGACUCCUUGAACCUUGAACACUGGGAGACAGCGUGAGCCGUCUGCACUCCCUUUUGGUGGAGCAGCACACGGCAGAGUGGAUGAGGUGCUGCAUCCACUACCUCAACACCUGCAGGAGGUUUGAGGUUCCUGGGGUGCAGAUGCCCCCUCCCGCUGACGUGCCGAAGAUGGAGGCUGUACCCAGCUGCAGCUGGCUGCUCUCAACUUACGCCAGGGAUGCGUUUACUCGCAUAGAGGAGCUGAGAGCCAAGGUCACCUCCACCUUCGGCACCAUUCUUAAAAUGGACUCAACCAAGAAGAUCACCAAAAAGCUGGCUGGAGCGGACGCUGGCUCUGCAGGUGCUCAACUGUGUCCUCACAGCAGCUGAGGGCUUUGGGCUGAGGGACAUGGCAGAGGGCCUGCAGGAGCGGUACCAGCAGGCAGGGCAGGAGCCGCCGCAGGUCCUCUAUGUGGACAGGGACUGCUGCAGGAGGGACGGAGGAACCUGCGCCGCAGCAGCUCUGUUCCCUGCGUGGCCACAGCUGACCGUCAGGUUGGACAUCUGGCAUUUUAUGCGCAGACUGGCGGCAGGUGUGUGCUCAGAGAGCCAUCCCCUCUACCCUGACUUCAUGCGGCGUCUCUCCUGCUGCAUUUUCGAGUGGGACCCUGAGGACCUGUCCCGCUUGAAUUUGGCUAAGCAGGGAGAGCAGUCUGGACGGAGGAACGUUAUGACCAUCAAGGAGAUGGCUCGGCACUGCAGGCACCGCACACGUGGGGUGCAGGAGACCGAGCGUCUCCUUGAUGAGACGGUGGAGGUGUUCCUGGGUGCCACCGACUCCAUGAACAUCCAGCUGCUGGACCGCUGCCGCAUGGAGAACAUCUGGAACACCCAGAGGCAACAUGUCGACUGCAUCCAGGAUCCUCCCGGUGUCCAGCUGUACACCAGGACCGGUCAGCUGACCAAAGGUGGGGUGGCUCUCCCGGUCUAUCGCUGCACCCGAGGGUCGACGUCGCUGGAGUCGUUCCACCUGCACCUCAACAGGUUCAUCCCAGGCACAGCAGCCAGCGGUAGCUUCUUUCAGAUGUACCUGUUGGAGGGCCUCACAACUUGGAACGAAGAUUGGGCCCAGGCGGCGGCGGGCGGAGCGAUGACUGGGAAAAAGUGCUACAGUGGCCAGGAGCAGCACACUCUCAACCAGCUGAGUCAGCAGUUCUUCGGGCUGACGCUGGUUGAGAGUUACACCAAGCCGCUGGAGUACACAGGGGAGCUGAUUGGAAUCAGCUACCUCUACAGCCAGACUGGGCGGACUCCUCAGGACUUCCCUGAAGACCCAGAGGAGCCUGAUGGCAGCGAGGAGCUCAGUGUUGAGGAGGAGGAGGAAGAUCUGGUUCUGAAGGAGGUUGGUGAUGAGGGAUUCCAUGAGUUCCUCUUGGAUGUAUUACAUCCCUCACAGCAGCCACCUCAGCUCCCACCACAGCAGCAGCCUCAGCCUCCACCUCGCCCGACACUGCAGCAGUCCCAGCGUCCACCACCUCGUCAGACACUGCAGCCAGUGUCACCACAGCAGCAGCCUCCACCUGUGCCCUCCUCCCAGCUGACCACUGCAUCGUCAUCCACGGCACAAAAGGUGGACGGCUGCCAAAGAGAGGAGCACCCUUGCCCCUGUCCUCUUCUCCCUGCCGGCCCCUCUUGUGGCUGAGGGCACCCUACUGCCAGCAAGAGAGAGCCAGGAAGAGGAGACCCAGCCUGCCCUGGGCUCCUCAAUUUAUGAGGACAUGCCGCCGCUGGAGGGAGAUGAGGAGGAUGAGAAGCCCACUGCUGGCCUAACUGGGGCUUUUGCUGCAGCUGCUGCCACCUCUAUUGCCACCACCUGUGCCCCUGCUGACACUAUGUGGCCACCACCUCCGCAGCUUCGUCUUCAUCUCCUCUUCCAAAAACCACUGCCUGGAACAGGAAGAGGCUGCAGGAGGCACAGGCAGAGGCAGCAAAGUGAGGACAGACUCUAAAGGUCAGAGCCCCUUCCAUCAUUCGCUGCAGCUAUUGUCGCCAGCAAAAGGUGAAGGAGACAGGCCACAAGCUGCUGACAAAAAACAAUGGGCAGAGGGUGAGUUAUUGUCCGGUGGCAGCAAAAA